AUGUUCCUAUCUUCCUCUGAGUCCGAGGUCGAAGGAGAAGGAGAGGGAAAGCAGAAAGACUUCCCCGCCUCAGUCCUAGAAAACUCGUUGUCGAAAGCGGAUCACGGCAAUCCUUCGGCAAAAACGAGCAACCAUCACCCAUAUCUAGAUGUGCCACUUCAGUCCGCUUUUGCGAGAUCAUCCGAUACCGUGUCCGACCUUUCUACCUACUCUGCAGACAAUGAGAACGAAAGAUGUACUGGACGCCUGCUCACCGUGUCUUCGGCUGGGCGAUUGCUCUCAAGCUCUCCCGCACCAUCGCCGACGACAUGGAAAGAAACGUUUCGGCUAUCUUGGGCCAGUAACAAAGGUUUAGCCUUGGUCAUGUUUGCGCAGCUUUUCGGUGUUAUGAUGAAUGUCACAAUUAGACUACUGGAAACAGCUGGAACAUCUGGACCUGGAAUGCAUCCCUUUCAGAUUCUGUUUGCUCGAAUGACUGGCACUCUUGUCCUCAGUGGCAUCUAUCAAUGGUGGGCCAAAUUGUCACCCUUUGGAUCGCGGGAAGUCCGUGGACUCUUGAUUGCACGUGGGGUGGGUGGAUUCUUUGGAGUAUAUGGCAUGUACUAUUCACUGCAAUACCUGCCUCUGUCAGACGCUACGGUGAUCACCUUCCUUGCUCCAAUCGUGGCUUGCUGGGCCUGUUCAUUCCUCCUCCAUGAGCCGUUUGGUGGCAAUGAGCAGAUCGCUGGCAUAGUCUCCUUUCUUGGAGUCGUCCUCAUUGCCCGACCCACGUCUCUACUUCCACAUCGCUCGGACGUGCCGCCUGUAGCAAGUGGAGUCGGCGAUGGAUUACCCUCAACCAACGUCACCAUGCCCACCGACCUCUGGGGACCCAAUCAUGUAACAUCAGCACAGCGUCUCAGUGCCGUGGGAGUUGCCCUCAUUGGCGUUCUCGGCGCAGCUUCUGCGUACACUACCAUUCGCUGUAUCGGCAAGCGCGCACAUCCCCUAGUCUCUGUGAACUAUUUUGCAGCCUGGUCCACUCUCGUGAGUACCGUGGCACUCCUUGCAGUACCAGGCAUAGAUUUCCAACUGCCCGCCAACCUGCGGCAGUGGAUUUAUUUGGUCUUCCUCGGCAUCUGUGGGUUCCUAAUGCAGUUUUUACUCACGGCAGGCUUGCAGCAUGAGAAGGGCAGUCGAGCGACCAACAUGGUCUACACGCAGAUGCUAUUUGCGCUUGCUUUUGAUAAGAUGGUUUUCAACACGACGCCAGGGGCAUGGGGUAUAGCCGGGAGCAGUCUCAUCUUGGGUAGCGCGCUAUAUGUGGCUUUGCACAAUAAUAAUAAGAAGAAUGAUACCCAGGUUCGAGGAGAUGUAAGACGCGACGAAGAACUGGCAUUGGUGGGAGAUGAUGCUAUUGAGAGUGAUUUUAAUAAUGGGACAGGGCCACUUAGAGGUGUUCAGGAAGUACAGCUAAGGACGCUCAGAGUGUGA